AUGGGCAACGAAGACAUCAACCGCAAGGAUCUUUCGACUCAGAAAGACUGGCCUGAUGAUGAGAACAACCCGUUCGUCGCCUUCCGGCGCUACGCCGAUGAGCAGGUCUCCACCAUGCUUCAGUCUAUCACGGGCCUCCCUUCGAUGGUAACUCAGCCUCACAACGGCCACUGGGAUAUAUUGGCAGAUAACCACGGCUACCAGAAUCGAAUGUCUCGUCAAAGAACCAGUGAUAAUACGGACAACAGCAGCUAUCCAACAGACCGAGACAGUGGAAGUGGUUAUCCGGGCAACCGAGAUGGAGAUGAUCCCCGCAUCUAUGGAAAUAAUUCACGACCACGCUGGCCUGAGAAUGACGAUUCGUGGAGAAAGUGGUGCAAUGGACCAUCCGACUUCUUCGGCCUCGAUUCCUUCUUCGACCGGUUCUUCGAGGAUCGGUUCUUCCCUUUGCGUCCCAACUCCUACACUCCGGCCACAACCUUCUUCUCCGGGAUAUGUUUGAGGACACCGAAUCACCAACCUGGCCGAUCGGAACGCCAAGCACAAUUCCAAGCGCAACAGGAAAAGGGCGUUUUCUCAUCUCUCAUGUCAUCUUUGCAUCUCAACUCUGAGCGUGACCCUUCCGAACCGCAGUGGAGAGAAGCAUUUGAGGAUUUACUUCGACUCGAGAACAAUAAGCCGAUGCUUGAUCUCAAUGCCUCCGUCGCGAGAUCCGAGUCCGGAAAAGACUGGCUACAAGGGCUUGUUAAAAGAGGCAGCUUGGGAGAUAGGUGGAAGUUUGUGUCUGACAUAGAUGGCCAGCCUUGGUCUGGCGUUACAUUAUCUGGUCGUGCAGGCCCAGAGCAGGACCGGUCAUGGUCUCGAUCUCUGCCCGAGGAAGAGAAAGAGUCUACAGAUACGAAGGAGGCUGAGAGCGAACUAGAUUUGUACGAGCGCUUCUUGAAUGAUAUCGAAAACCGCGAACGUGAAUUCUUCCGCGGUGUCUCCGAAAGCCCUCUUCUGCGUCUCCUCCUCGAGGAACGACGUGAGCAACAGGAAGAACUUGAGAAAUACAGGCGCAGUCCUCCGACGGCCGAAGACCAACACAGCCAUGACGAUAACGAGAAUUGGAUCGAUCUUGUAUCCGGAGGGAGCAAGAAAUCUGUCCCUGAAACACCCAGGGAUUCGCCGACCGAAAUCGACACUAAACCAGCCGGAGCUACCUCGGAACCAGCACAGCCUCGUGUUAUCUCCACUAUGACUCGAACAGAACGCGUGCGGCUUCCUGAUGGCUCGGUUGAGAGCAAGAUUGUCAACACAAGACGUUUUGCAGAUGGCCGAGAGGAAAGUGAUGAGUCUGUUGAGGUGUCUCGUCCCCAGGAAGGUUUGGAUUCUAGGCCUACGUCCGACAAACCGAAGAACGGUUGGUUUUGGAAAGACUAG